AUUAUAUUUCCCAUCUGACGUGGGCUAACCCACGCGGGUAAUACUUUGCUGUGAGCGACCACUGUUCGAACUCAUGCUCUGGAUUAAUCUAGGCGGAAUCGUCCACACUGCGACAUAUAUCAGGACGUAAAUUAUUUCGUCCUAAAGCCAUGGGAGGUACUCAGGCAAGAAGUUUGCCUCCCACUGUCCCAACGAGAAACAUGGGGUUGCAAUCGAGCAUGACAUCAUACAGUACAGUACAACGUGGCUGUGUGAUGCCCUUUUCGCUUGCCCCUCCUCCUCCUCCUUUCUUCUCCGCCCUCUCCAUUCGAUGAGCGCGUCCUACCCAACCAUCACGAUCGAUCUGGUCCUCGACCGCAACACGACCAGGGAGGUGCUCAACGGUGUCCUGCACGCGAUCCUUUUCCACCGCCUGUUCGGGCUCGUGAAGCCCCAGACGUUCGAAGUUCUCGAUGUCACGCUCCCCGGUGUAUCGGACACUGAGAUCGAGCAGCUCGUCAAUGAGAAGGUCGAGGCGUUCCGGAGGAGUGUGGAGACCGGGUCCAGCAAACGCGGGCAGGCAGGACUCCCUUUGCAGCCGCGUCGGCCAAAGAAGUCGUGGUUCCAAGUGUACAUGGGUGAGGAGGAAGUACCAUGGGAACAGUGGGUAAUCAACGCGGAGGUGCGACAGCCUAGAACAGACCGCGACCGACAACAGUUCGACACAACACUGGCUGCCACGCUGACGAAAGCAGUCCAGACGAUGCUCACGCACACGUCUUCUGAGAAAGGGCGUCAAGCGGUUCCGCUCAUCACCAAUUCGUCCGGCAUAUCUCCGUUUCCUCUGCGAAUAGUGACUAAUGUCGGCGGUGUCGAGGUCGGAUAG